AUGUCCUCUAGUCCUCCCUCCAAGCCUUCUCCCUCGCCGGUCAGUCGGAAUCGCAACUCCUUCCUGUCCAAGUUUCGUUCCCCCCUGGGCCAUCGAAAUCGAAGCGUCACCGACUAUUACAUCGACCUCGACGAUCCAUGGCGAUCUUACUUCCCCGGCGACGUGAUCAAAGGCGCGGUUCUCGUGACCGUCGUCCGACCGGUGCGCAUUACACACGUUGUGGUCUGUCUCCAUGGUUAUGUCAAGGUGUUCAAGAACGCGGUUCCCACUGGGGAAACUACUCCCGACCUGGGAUUUCUUGGCCCGGGACGCGGCCGGCGAGGCGCGGAAUAUAUGGGCAAUGGACUAGCCACUUUGUUCGAGGAUGAAGUCGUUCUUUGCGGCGAUGGGCGCCUCAAGGAAGGCAUCUACAAAUUCCGCUUCGAGAUGGGCCUUCCUCCCUACGCGCUCCCCAGCAGUAUUAAUUUCGAACGAGGCACUAUCUCUUAUUCCCUAACCUCCACUCUCACCCGACCGACCACCAUUAAUCCUACCCUCACAUGCCGACGACGAGUCAACCUUUUAGAAAACAUCGAUAUCGCACCGUUCCCGCCCCCCAAAGCCCGUAUCGUUACGCUCGAACCCGUAUCGAAACGUUCCAGAACAAAAGCAAAAGCGAAAUCAACAAGCUCCGAUGCCACCGCAGCACCCGACACCUCCUCCAUAGAUACCCCAGUCAGCGGCGUUGCGGCCUCGGUGGAUAGCCGUCCGCCGCUGAGUCCGUCUCCGAGCAACGUCAGCUCCUCGAGUCGACCCAGUGAAAGCAGCCAGAGCUUUCAGAUCCAUAGCGACCCCAGCUCUUCGACGAGUACCGGAGGACGCAACAGUGAAUGUCGCAGUGCGACCCCUUCCAUCUCGGACAAGACCAUCACCACAAAGGCCGAGGUUCUGCGCGCAGGCGUGCUUCCGGGAGAUACUCUACCUAUCAAGGUCACAAUCAACCAUUCGAAACAAGUGCGCAGCGCGCAGGGAAUUAUCAUCACGCUAUAUCGGCAGGGCCGCAUUGAUCUCCAUCCCGCUAUCCCAGUUGGUCCCACGGGUGCCGGAAAGGGUGUCGGAAAGAAACCAGUCUACGAGGACUGUUAUCCACGCUCGCGGACUGGACUCGGAGGAUUGACUUUGGGAACCAGUCGAACCAGCAGCACGUUCCGCAAAGAUCUGUCGCAGACCUUUGCGCCGCUGAUCGUGGACCCAAUCAAUAUGACCGCCGUGGUCAAGACAUCGAUUCGAGUCCCCGAGGAUGCAUUCCCCACCAUCACUCGUGUGCCUGGCGCCAUGAUCAAUUUCCGUUACUACGUCGAAAUCGUGGUUGAUCUUCGGGGCAAAAUCACGUCUCCAGAUCGCUUUAUUCCGCGCUUCAACAUGGUCUCCGGCGGCAGCACAUUCUCGCCAAGCGGACAGAUUCUCAACCCGGCGGAUGCGAACGGGAGUGCCAUUACGGCCAAUUGGGCUGGCAACAUUCUCGAUACAGAUCAGGUUCGCCGGGAGAAGGGCGUCAUUUCGGUAGCGUUUGAAGUCGUCGUGGGCACUCAUGAUUCACAACGGGGUCAAACAAACACCGAGCGCACACUAUCUAAUGGGACCGAGUCAACGGUGAAUGAACCUCACCCGACACCCUCGAUCAUUGUGAAUCCUGUGGAUGGAGAGGAAUGGCCCGAAGCGAGCCUGAUGCCGAAUGCACACGGCGAAUAUGGCGAAUACGGCGAAUACGGCGAAUACGGCCCGCAUGAGGAGUACGACUACGACUACGACUACGGGCUCCCCGAUGAGCCCUGGUCCGAGUACCCCGAGGACUACACGCAGCCGUUCCCACCCGUCGGCCCUAUGGCGGCACAUCCCGAAGUGGAAGAGCCGGAGGAUGAGAAGACUCGAGUACGACAACAUGAAGAAGCUCUUCUACCCAGCCAACCUCCAGGUGAGGGUGAGGCAGGACCGUCCAAUGCCGAAGUCGAGGUGCCGACCGCGCCAGUCCUGCCCGACGAUCACCAUCUACAAGAUUACGAGCAUGUACAUUCGCCAGGCACGAACGGGGUCCCACACCACGUGCGGUCUGAAGAAUCCUUGCAGACCAUCGUCGUGAAUGGCCAUGGCGCCGGGCCCAGCGAGCCUUCUGCUCCAAGUGAAGACAAACAAGAGCUGGAGCGACAGCGACUCAUGUUCGAGGCCAGCGCACCCAGUGCACCUCCUCCUGAAGAGCCCAACGAGUCUGGCGAAGGUCCUAGUGCGCCCCCCUUCGAAGAAGACGAUCAAUUGGUCGGUGGCACAGCGCAUGCGGACGAGUCUCUACCUCGGUACCAGCGAUGA